AAUAAAAAUCGAUAUCCCCCUUGCUCGCCGCCGCAAGGUUAUGCCCUGGCCAUCGCGUCUCGUUUUUGCAUUUCGCUCGGUCGCCGGAAAAAUAGAAUCAUUCGCUGCUCCGGGCUGCAGGGCGUCUGCCGGAGUAAUUUCAACUGGGCGAUUCGUGCACGAGAAACUCGCCGGAACCAUAUCGUUGGAAACAUAACCUGAUUUGGCAACGUGAUAUCGAAUCGUUUCGCGCUAAUAAACUCCUGCAUUAGAUGGCAGAAAUGUCAAAGCGAACAGCAACGACGGAAUUGAAUCAUGACAACUGGAAUGAGGAGAACGAACCGGAGGAAGCGGGAACAUUUGUACUGGCGUCAAAUGAUCAAAUCGAGAAGAGAGUUAUAAAAACGGCGAGGCGUCGUUUGCCGUCGAAGGACGGGUCGUCCACGAAAAGUGCAUUUGGAACGUUUACAGGUUUCAAAACUACUCCCCUACCGAGUUUGUCCCCGUUCAGUUUUCUAGCUAGCGUAAGCACCACUUCUAGUACGACCACUUCCACUACGUCAGCGACGACUGUAAAUACAAGUAGCAAGCAGAUUGCGAGCAACGGCGCUCCUAAGAGUCCCGAAACUAAUGCAGAUAAAAAGGAAGAAGUUGCCAAAUUACAGACUACAUCGAGUACAAGCGCGAGCAAAAAGAUUUCGGUCGAGCAAGGCGCUGAAAAGACGAAGAAUCACUCGUCCGAUUACUACGCGAAACUGAAGGGACUGAAUGAAAGCGUCGCUACAUGGAUAAAGAGCCAUGUAGACGCGAAUCCGUUUUGCAUAUUGACGCCUAUAUUUAAGGAUUACGAGAAAUAUUUGAAAGAGAUUACGUCGAAAGAGGAGAGCACCAAGGCACAGACCUCGCACACUUCGGCUGCGCAAAAUGACAGCAAACAGGAUACCAGCUCGGAGAAAAAAACGGAAAAGUCAGCGUAUGGCAGUUUAAACACAAUAAAGUCCAUGCAAAGUACAAAGCCCCCUUUAACCGCGGGAACAGAGUGGAAACCUGAGAAGUCGAUAUUUUCCAACAUCACCGCGAACACCACGUCGGUGUUCAGUAACGCGGCAGAACAGAAGGCAGAAAGUUCCAAGUCCGUGUUUGGUAAUACCGAUAACGUAACUGCCGAUAAGGGUAGAUCCAUUUUUGGAAACGUCGAGUCGACCGUCGCUAGUAAGAAUAUAUUCGGCAGUACGGAAAGUAAUCCCUUCCUGCAUAAACCUACCGUUUCGGACAGCGGAAAUACGGACGAGGAGGAGGCCAAGUCCAACGCGAAGUCCGUCGCCCCUACCUUUCCCACUUUCAGUUUCGGACAGAGUUCCACUGCCAGUAACGUGACGGCUGGAUUUAGUUUCGGAAGUGCAAAGCCAUUUUCGUUUGCUCCUCAAGCUGUAAAACCGCAAGAGUCCGAGGACAAAACCGACAAUGAAAAUAAGGACGAGGAAGAUGAGGAACCGCCGAAGCCAGAUUUCAAACCGGUAGCCGAAGAGGGUACCAUUUACGAACAGAGAUGUAAAGUCUUUGUGAAGAAGGACAACAACUUCAGUGACAGGGGCAUCGGGAUGUUGUAUCUGAAGCCAACACCGACCGGGAAGACUCAAUUGAUAGUACGCGCCGACACUACUUUGGGCAAUUUGCUACUCAAUACCCUAUUGACUCAAAGCAUUCCCACGAAGCGCAUGAACAAGAACACGAUAAUGUUGGUCUGCCUACCGAUGCCAGAUUCUUCACCGCCACCAGUCGCAGUGCUGCUGAGAGUGAAAACUAGUGAAGACGCGGAUGAAUUACUAGAAGCGUUGAAUAAGCAUAAAAAGUAGAGAAAUUUACGCAAAACUCGAUUUGCGUAUCCCCGAACAAACUUUUUUUCUUGACGUUAUCUCGUGAACAGCUUGAAGAAUAAAGUGAACGCUAAUCUAUAAAUAAUCAAAAUUUUGUCCAUUGUUAAUCAGGGUAAUGAUUUUGUGUUGAACUUUAUUUAUCAUUCUAUAAAAUCUAAAUUGUGCGAUCGCCUUGAAAUUUAAUUAUGAAUCAUCAGAAGUAAAAUGGAGGAAACUGGAUAAAUAUCAAUAAUUAAAUUUUUUUUCAAUUACCAUUUUAUUUAUAGUUAUUGCAUAAAAAUGUAAUUAUUCGUUUUCUUAUUAAAGUUUACUUAAUAAGAGGCAACAAUUCAGUUUCCAAAAAACGUCUCAAUUUACAUGUAUGACACUAUUGGAAUGAAUGUUGCAACUGUAAUCAAUAAUGUAAUAAUAAUAAUAAUAAUAAUACGAAAUAUAUGUACAUAGUAGAAAUAUAAUAGUGUAUAAUAUGAUAUUACGAAAGAAGCAAUUUAUGCUUACGAUAGCUGCUGAAAUAUUCUCUGUACUAUUAAUUAGAGAAAUAAUUGUACUAUUACAGAAAUUAAUUACAAGUGCAAGAGUAUUAUUAGAUUACAUGAAAUUGCCUGAUAUGAUAUUUUACGAAAGACGAAUUCCUUGUUUAUAGUAAUUGGUACAAAAUAAGUAAAAAUAUAUAUAUAUUUGACGUUC